AUGGGGGAAGGGGCCGCCCGCUUGGGCCCCGUGCUGCCGCGGCUGGCCUCGCCGGGGCAGAGGCGCUCUGCGGCAUUCCGGAGCGUGGCCUGCCCCGGCGGCAGCGGUGCGUGUGUCUCAUCUCCUCCCGUCUCUGCCCGCAGGUGGUACAAGCUGCACUCGAAGCCCGGAAAGAAGGAGAAGGACCGUGGGGAGGUCCAGCUGAGCAUUCAGUUCACCCGCCACAGCCUCACCGCCAGCAUGUUCGACCUGUCGGUCAAGGAGAAGCCGCGGUCACCCUUUGGCCGGCUGAAGGACAAGGUGACGGGCAGGCAGAAGUACGACCUGGAGUCCGCCUCCGCCAUCGUGCCCAGCAGCAGCGGGGCCCUGGACGAGGAGCUCGGCCCGGCGGGCAAGAAGGCCAAGGCAAAGAGCUUCUUCUUCAGGAGCAAGCUGCGCAAGUCCUCCCUGACCCAGUCCAACACCUCCCUGGGCUCCGACAGCACCGCCUCCUCGGCCAGCAGCGUGGCGCCGGGCGGGAUGCCUCAGUCGCCCAGCCGGCACAGCAGCCUCUCCACCGACCCCUCGGCGAGAGACUUCCUGCCCUCGCCGAAGCUGACCCACAAGCGGGCCUUCAGCGACGAGGCCUCCCAGAUCGGCCUGCUGCCGGACGCCAGACGGGCCCAAGGUCUGACGCCACAGAGCGAGCCCGUCUCCAGGUCGUCGCUCUGCAUCAACGGGAGCCACAUCUACUGCGAGGAGCCGGCCCCCGGCCCGCCGGCCUCCCCCCGGCCCAGAGCAGCGCCCACCGGCCCAGCCAGGCCUCUGUCCCCGGGCCGUGUGUCCCCGAGCCGGACCUGCCACCCUGGCCCGGCAGCAGCGCCGGCGGCUUCCAGAAGGGCCCCCCCCAGGGACCCGCCCCGGUUCAUCCCCUCGCCCCCGAUCCUGGCGGCUCAGGAGGAGGACAAGCUCUCCGUCAAGACCAUCGCCCUCAACCGGCAGCGGGGCUGGGCCAAGGCGGCGGAGGGGCCGGGGGCGCAGAGCAGGCCCGUCCAGAUCGCCGCGCCCCUCGUCUUCUCUGCGGAGGUCCGGCGGGUGAGGCCCCGCGGAGGUGGCCAGGAGGAGGAGGAGGACGAGGCACAGCGGGGCGGGGCAGGCUCCCUCCGCCGGGCGAGCGGCAGAGACAGCGGGGAGAGUGGCGGAGCCGCCCACGAGGGGCCCGCGGAAGCGGCCGCCGGGGAGGAAGAGGGGCAUGCCGGCGCCGGCCUCAGGCCUGGCUCGCCCGACAGCGAGGAGCCCGCCCGGGUACCCAGCCCGCACCCGGUGAAGCCGCUCAGCAGCAGCAGCAGCGCCCCGGGACCAGCGGUUUCCAGCCAGGAGAAGCUGCAGCGCACGACCCCCGACCGGAGCGGCGGCACCCAGGAGACCCACACGCCGAGCGCCACGAGCAGCCGCGAUUCAGCCAGCCCAGCCUGGCAGCUGGGACGACCGGAGGCCAAAAAGGAGCCUUCCGCGCCGGACCCCUCAGCCAAGUACUUCCACCUGACGCACGAUGAGCUGAUUCAGCUGCUGUCGAAGCGGGAGGCCGAGCUGCGCGGGAAGCAAGAGCACAUCCAGGAGCUGGAGAACUACAUCGACCGGCUCCUAGUGCGCAUCAUGGAGCAGUCCCCGACCCUGCUGCAGAUCCCCCUCGGAGGGGAAGCGAAGGCUGCCAAGUAGCCGCCCCGGCUUCAUCUCGUGCCUCUGCCAAAGCUCCCACAGCCCCCCCCCCGCAGUUCCUCACCCGCGCAGCGUGCCCCUUGCCCCCAGACCCCGGGAGAGGCCCCUCGGGGCGCCCCCCAGAGCCAGCCUCUCAGUCCAGUCCCGCCCUCGUGCGCGGCGGCCAAAUGGGGCUUCCCGCCCGAGACGCAGGAUGCCGCCGGGACCGCGGCAUCGCUCGCGCCUCCUGCCGGAGCACCGCACCCGGCCUGCCACCGUGCGAGCCCACUGCCUGUGUGUGACUGUCCGCUGGGCCCCACCGGAGCCCGGCGUUUCCCUUUCCUCCCGGUGAGUGACUGGCCUGCCGUCCGCUUUGCCAUCCUGCGUCCCUGGGGGGCCUUGCUUGGGGGAAGGAUGCCCCCGACACGGCAGUGGUCGAGCGGAGCAGAAGCCUUGUGGAGCGAAGGGAUUCUCUCCCCUUGCCUCACUGUUCCUUGAGGACUAGUCACCCUGCCGCCUUGACCCGUGAAGCCUGAGCCGGCUGCCUGCCCCCGCAGCAGUCUGGGCCCUUGCUCUUGUUUCCGCUGGGGCAAAGGGGGAGGGACUGUGGCCUUGGCCCCAGGAGGGGGGAGCCUUCGGCAGAAUGUCUCCACUGCAUGCUGGAAUAGGUUGCACUCCGUCUCCCUUUCCGAGCCUUUCCCCGCGCAAUGUGGAGGGCGCCGCUUCGUGGCGCGAGGGCAUUGUAGCCUCCGCAGUCCUUUGCAGGCGCUUGUGGAGAAGGCCAGAGGAUGGUGCCUUUCCCCUGGGGGGGCGGGUCGGCGCGCUUCUUCGGGCGCUGCAGCAAAGCCCCUGUGCGCCGAGGGUCCCCCGCGUCCCCCCUGCAGGGCAGGAGUCGAGGUGCAGCCACGUGCCGCAAAGCCAGCCAGCCAAGGGCGCCGGGGGCCUGGCUGCUGGGAGGAGGGAAGGCACGGAGGGCGUGAUUUGGGGGCUCGCACAUGGUCGCACCAGGCUGGGGGGGCUGUGGCGAGUUUGGACACCUCCUUAGUGGAACGGAGGUCUUUUUUCAGCUUUAAGGGCGGGAUUCCCCCGAGGUUUGCUUCUGGGGGGCUCCUGGUUUAACUCUAGUUUGCAAAUGCGUGUGUGUCCCCCAGUCACCCGAAAGACACGCACGAGCUGCCUUCGAAAGAGGGCGGGGAGGAGUGGGCAGCGCCCGGCUUGCUGCCCCCUCCCCCUGCGAGAACUGGCUUGCGCAGAAGGAGCAUAAGCGGCUGCUCCCCUCGCACGGACUCGGUGGCUGGCGCUGAAGGCUGUGGAGAGGGCCAGGCUGCGGCACGGGGCGUGCUGGAUGCCGCCAGCCGUCCCUUGGCCCCUUGCUGGGCUGCGGGCACGGGGCCUUGUUUCCCACAGCUUCCCUCCACCCCGGAUCCCCGGCCUGUCAGAUGCCGCAGUCCCUGCCCUGCGCAGCUUGGCAUUUCCGCUGCCUGCCCUGCUGUUGCCUUCAUCCUCGUUGAAGGGGGAGGGACUGGCUUGCCUCCUGCGGUGUAGCGGUUGUACGCAGGGGGAUCCUUGCCCUGCCUUGUCUGCGAGGAGCAGAGCCAGCGCGGGGGCUGAUCCCUGUUCGGGGAGCCCUGUCCGUGCAGCUCGCACCCACUCCCGGCUCCUCGGAGCCCAGCAUGGCUUUUGCCAGCAGCCUUGGCUGCCGGCCACCUGCUCCCAGCCCCAUCACGCUCUGCUCCCCUGGGCCGAGCUGCUGCAGGGGCUGGGAGGCCACGCAGGCCUGAGGCUGCCCCAGCCCCUGCUCUGCAUCCCAGGGGUCGCCCCCCGGAGCCCCUGUGCCUCCAAGGCUUCAGCCUGGCUGCUCUCCUUGCGCCCCUUUCCCAGCUUCCAUGCAGGACUUGCAACGGGCCGGUUUGCUCUGCCGCUUUCCUCAGUGUCUCUGGACCAGCCAAGUCCUCUCCCUGGAGCGACUGCAGGCCUUGGACAUCUGGGGCCUUUGGGGCUCGAGCAGAAGUGUUUGGGCGGGGAAGGGCAAGUCGGCUGGAAAGCUGCUGAGCAGGAAGUCGCGAGCCGGAGCUUUUCUCAAGGGGCCCGACUGGCCCAUCGCGCCUUCCAUCUCUGCAGUGCUCCAAGCUCUUCCCUUGGCCUCCUGCAGAACCUUGGAGCUGGAACUUCCCGGCCCCUUUUGCUCAGGGUAACCGGAACUUGCCAUCCCCGUUGAUGCCCCACAGCCUGCAGGUGCUGGUGAGAAGCGGGGCGAGCAGGGGCGCUCCGAGGGGGAGGAGGGUGGGCUGACCGGGCACCGGACAGGAGUGACGGGAGAGGACGCCACUUCUGCUUCACCUUUUCCUCGGCCUGCCAGAAACACUCACAAGCGACAGUUCCGUGUAUAGCAGAAGUCCCCCCCCUCCGUUCGCGUCUCCUUGCAUUGCCCCGAGCCUGCGGCCUCGCUCCUCUCCAGGGGACCGGCGGCCUCGCCAAACCAGGCGCCCGGAGGGUCUCCCGGCCCGGGAGCACAGCGGGAGCCCCCCGCCCCGUCAGCGGCCAUGGGGGCGUUGGCCGGCCUUCGGGCGAGGUGCUCCUUGUAUCGAGGCUCGUUGGAUAAUGUUCGUUUUAAACAAUAAAGCUUGUUCUGUUUUAAGCACUUUAAAGAGAAAUAAACAUGGUUGAACUUGUU